GGACCGGCCCAGCGCAGCCCCGGCACGGGGAGCGCCGGCCGGGCGAGGGCGCGGGCGAUGCCGCGGUGACGGCCCCGCCAUGGCGAAGCCCCCGGCGGCAGCGGCGGCGGCGGCGGCGUCGUCGGAGGAGCUGAGCCAGGUGCCGGACGAGGAGCUGCUGCGCUGGAGCAAGGAGGAGCUGGCGCGGCGGCUGCGGCGCGCCGAGGGCGAGAAGGUGGGCCUCAUGCUGGAGCACGGCGGCCUGAUGCGCGACGUGAACCGGCGGCUGCAGCAGCACCUGCUGGAGAUCCGCGGCCUCAAGGACGUGAACCAGCGGCUGCAGGACGACAACCAGGAGCUGCGCGAGCUCUGCUGCUUCCUCGACGACGACCGGCAGAAGGGGCGCAAGCUGGCGCGCGAGUGGCAGCGCUUCGGGCGCCACGCGGCCGGCGCCGUGUGGCACGAGGUGGCCCGCUCGCAGCAGAAGCUGCGCGAGCUCGAGGCGCGCCAGGAGGCCCUGCUGCGUGAGAACCUGGAGCUCAAGGAGCUGGUGCUCCUGCUGGACGAGGAGCGCGCGGCGCUGGCGGGGGGCGCGGGCGGCGGCGGCGGCGGCGGCGGCGGCGCCGCCGGCUCCCGUAGCUCCAUCGACAGCCAGGCCAGCCUGAGCGGGCCGCUGGCGGGCGGCGCGGCCGGAGCGGGGACCCGCGACGUGGGCGACGGCAGCAGCACGUCGAGCGCCGGCAGCGGCGGCAGCCCCGACCACCACCACCACGUCCCGCCCCCGCUGCUGCCCCCCGGGCCGCACAAGGCCCCGGACGGCAAGGCUGUCGCAACGCGCAGGUCCCUGGACGACCUGUCGGCGCCACCGCACCACCGAAGCAUCCCCAACGGCCUGCACGAUCCCUCGUCCACCUACAUCAGGCAGCUGGAGACCAAGGUGAAGCUGCUGGAGGGUGACAAGCUCCUGGCACAGCAGGCAGGCUCCGGAGAGUUCCGGACACUGCGGAAAGGCUUCUCCCCCUACCACUCGGAGUCCCAGCUCUCCAGCCUGCCGCCCUCCUACCAGGAUGCCCGGCAGAAUGGCCCGGCCUGCACGGUUCCUGAGCUGUCCUCGGGCGGCUACAGCUCUGCGGGACAGAAGCCCGAGGCUGUCGUACACGCCAUGAAGGUGCUAGAGGUACACGAGAACCUGGAGCGACAGCUCCAGGACAGCUGUGAGGAGGACCUGAGUGAGAAGGAGAAGGCCAUCGUCCGCGAGAUGUGCAACGUGGUCUGGAGAAAACUGGGAGAUGCCGCCAGCUCCAAGCCCUCCAUCCGGCAGCACCUGUCUGGAAACCAGUUCAAAGGGCCUUUGUAG